AUGGACGACAUUUGUACGGGCGCUUCCACUGUCGAGGAGGCUCUGGUCUUGCGAGACGAAUUAAUUGCCAUCCUGAAGUCUGGAGGCUAUGAGUUGCGCAAGUGGCUGUCGAACUCCCCUCAUAUUUUGAAGGACCUCCCAGGAGAGGAUCAACAAGACCCUCAUCUGUUCGAGCGCCCUGAGAAUCCUAAUUUGUUGACUGUGCUGGGCAUUCAAUAUCAGCCUGUUCAGGAUACCUUUACGUAUAGAGUAAAACUUGACCCACCGCCCAAAGCCUGGACCAAACGCUUCGUGCUGUCCACCGUAGCCCGCACCUUCGACCCUAAUAGGUGGAUCACCCCGGUCAUCUUUUUAGCUAAGUGCUUCCUUCAAAAGCUCUGGAUGUCCGGGUUGGGUUGGGACGAGCCGAUUGGCGGAGCCCUCUUGCGAGAGUGGCUCUCUGUUACGGCCUACGGCUGCUCCUUUAAAGGAUCAGAUCCUCAGGGGCCCAUGAGCUGA